AUGACAGAAGCCGAAUUGUACACUGUAUAUAAAGGAGUGUUCCUUCCAUCGCACUUGCACCCUGCUGAGAGUCUGAAAUACUAUGAAGACUUCACUUUCCGCUCUGAUGACAUCCUGAUUGUCACUUAUCCUAAAUCAGGUACGACAUGGAUGCAGGAGAUAGUGCCUCUGAUAGUGAGUGAGAGAGAUUUCACUCCUGUAAUGACUGUUCCAAACUGGGACAGAGCACCAUGGCUGGAGGAACACAGGGCGAUAACACUCAAUCUGGAGCAAAGACCCUCUCCACGUAUCUUUGCAACUCACUAUCAUUGCCAGAUGAUGAAUGAGUCUUAUUUCAAAGUCAAACCAAGGGUUCUUUAUGUUAUGAGGAAUCCAAAAGACGUGUUCACAUCUUCAUUUCCCUACUACGAAAUGGCCUCAUUCCUGGUGAACCCAGGAACCCAAGAUGAGUUCAUGGAGAAAUUCCUUGAUGGAAAAGUCAUGUUUGGUUCCUGGUUCGAUCAUGUGAAAGGAUGGCUGAACGCUGAAGAACACAUACUGUAUGUGUUUUAUGAAGAGAUGAUAGCUGAUUUGAAGGGAUCUUUGGAGAAGAUCGCCCAGUAUCUCGGAAAAUCUCUGAGUCCAGAUUUGAUCGAGAAAAUAGCUGACCACUGUGUUUUCAAGAACAUGAAGCAAAACAAGAUGUCCAACUAUUCUCUGGUUCCAGAAGAGUUCAUGAACCAAACAAAAUCUGAAUUUAUGAGGAAAGGAAUUGCUGGUGACUGGAAGAAUCAUUUCACUGAAGCCCAAGAGCAGCGAUUUAACUCUGUGUACAAAGACAAAACAAAAGAUGUGAAAUUUAAAUUUGUGUGGGACUAA